AUGGAGCUCCCGCGAUUGCGGGCCGAGGAGCUCUGUGCAAGCGGUUUGUUUCGUGCCGUGUCAGGCCUCGACGUGCUGUCGCACUUUGCGCGCGUGUUCGAUACUUCCACGGAGCCUGCUGAGGAUGCGGAGCGUUUCAAUCGAACCUUCCAGGUGGAUCAGGUCGAUGUCUUCCUUAGCCAUUCUUGGGCCGCGGAGCGCUGGCGAAAGUAUUUCAUGUCGAUGGACUUGCCAGUGCUCGUCUUCUUCCUGGCAUUUUUUUUCGGCCAGCACCUAACAUGCCGACUCUGGUGCCCGAGCAUGUGGGUGGACAAACUUUGCAUCGAUCAAUCGAGCUGUUCCAGCAAGACGGCUGGUCUCGAAGGGCUGCCCACCUUCGUGGCCCGCUCCAAUCAAAUGCUGGCUCUGGUCGACCAAUCCUACUUUGAGAGGUUGUGGUGUAAUUACGAGCUCUCCAUUUUCGUGCAACGCCGGGGUCUGAAGCAUCUUCGUGUGGUACCCUUGUGGUUGCCUCCAUGGCUGACUGUCAGCAUACUCUUCUCGUAUCUGAAUGCACGUCUUGGUGUCGUUCUGCAAGAUUCGCAAGGGGAGGUGGCAUCCCUGGGCAGUACCUGUGGCCUGAACCGCUUGCUGGGGUAUUUCACGCUCUGCUUUCUUUUUGCUGUGGAGUCCAUGCCCUUCUGCGUUGUGGUGGCCGUUAUCGCAUUUCAGAACAAGCUUGAUGGGCAUCAGGCUAUGCUGCGCAACAUGGUCUUCACAGUUCAAGACCUAAGGAUGUUCGAGCCUCCAAAUGUUCUGAAGAGGAGGAACCGAGGCUCUCUCCUAUCGCGUGAUGACGAAGAUCGCCUUGACCAGUUCAACGCCUACGUUCGCGGCCCGCUUCGCAAUGCAGUCAUCGACGACCUGGGUGCAGAAACCCACGUGCCAUGGUUCUUCUGCGCAUUGGUGUUCAUGCCAACCGUCCUGUUCUUCGGGUCUUGCAUUUGGGUUGCAAGAGGCUGGUACAAGGAAAUUGGGUAUGGGUCCAUCGAAGGAUAUCUGUUGGUCAACCUUGUCGCCGGGAACAUCAUUUCGCAUGAAGCCUACCUGGCUCUCUUUCUUGUGUCGGUUGUGCUGGUCUCGCUGCAAAACUGCAUGCUUUUCUGGCCGCGGUAUGGAGUUGUUGAAUCCAACUUUCCGCCCAGCUUGCAUCGCACCCAAAAACGGGUGAACCGACGAUUCCCGGCUCUGCCGUUCACUUUGCGGGCCAUUGAAGACGAACAGGUGGCCCGCGUGGGCGUCUCUGAGGCCAAGCGACAUGAGCUCCUCGACGAGUACCCUGUGCUGAAGGAAGCACACAGUGACGCUUAG